AUGCCUAAUUGUGAAAUCUGUUUUAUUGAUGAUAAGCUAAUAAUUUGUCCCAAAUGCUCUCGAAAUGUUUGUUCAUUGUGUAGUAAAUUGUCCGAUUGCGAUAUAUGCAUUCUAAUAGAAAUGAAAUAUGCAUUUGUAAAUAUUGACAAUACAUUUUAGCUACACUAACAACACAAAUCGUAGACCGAAGAAUAAGAAUAUCAAUUAAAAUAAAUUAAUGACAAGAUUAAUACAGUUAAUCAAGAAAUUUCCUUAAUCCAAAAGGCUAGUUCACUUGUGAAAAAAAAUGAAAAUAAGAAAAGUGAAUCACUUGAGUUCUAAAUGAGUGAGACAAUCAUAGAUAAACAACAUGAGCUUGAGGAUAUCGAAAGUGAAAUCGAAAAUUAAAAAUUGAUAAUUCGAAUGAAGAAUUAAAUGCCUUAAAAAUUGGACUUAAAAAUCAAUGAAGCAGAAAAAGAAUAUGAAGUGCUGCAAGAAACUCUGAAUUUAAAGAAAUAGUAAAUAUAUUAGAUUUUAUAAACCUUGAAAAAUAAAACCAGUUUAUUGAGAGCAAGUCAAGACGAAAAGCAUUAUUCUUAAAGUAAUUUAAGAAUGACUCUUCCCACUAAAUAGCAAAAGGCUAUUUCUGGAGAAGAAAAAUUACAAAAUCCAGGAUUAUGUGCUGGGUAGUGUGUAAUAUAAUGA